ACAAAUAUACCUAAAACCCUAAACCCUAACUGUAUCUUCUCCUCUCUCUGCCGACAGAAUCGCCAGAAAAAUUACCAGAAUCGCCGUUCGUUUUUUCGUCUUCGUUUGUAUCUUCUCCGUCGUCUUCGAUUUGUGCUCGCCUUUGCGAUUCCAACCUAUUUCCAUCUCUUCUCCGUUUGUCAAAAGAACAGGUUCUUGAACUGGUUUUUACUUUGUUCCGCAUCCUUUUCUUUGUGCAAAAUGCCUCGCACUACCACUCUGGAGUGCCCUGGCUGCCCUCCACUUCGUGCCCUAACCUUUGACACACUUGGUCUUAUCAAAGUUAUCGAGUCCCGUGAAAAUCAAGGAGGUCCUAAGGUUGUAGAGAGAUGGGGCGAACCUGAUCCAUCCAAGUCCGUUAACGCUGUUUCAAUCAUUGACCGAAAAUCUCACCCUUUAUUAGCUGUAGCAAGGAAAAAUGGCCAGAUUGAUGUUUUGAGCCUUGUCAAUGGAGAUUCUCAUGCUACAAUUACGACCGCCAAUGAUGUAGAUGUUCAGUCUGAAGAGAAUAAUAUUAUUGGUUUGCAUUUAUUUGCAAAACAAAAUCUUGAGUUAGAUUCCAGGGUUUGUACUUUACUUACAUGCACGGGCAAAGGGAAUGCAAGUAUAAGGUCCAUUGAAGUUCCUGAUUCGUUGACAGGAUCUUCCUCAACUAAUUCUUCAAAAACCUGGGAUGUAUGUAAUGGUGGUAACAUCUUGUGUUGCAAGGUGGAUGGAAAUGAGGAGUUUGCUUUAUUUGGAGGGAAAGGUGUUGAAGUCAAUAUUUGGAAUCUUGCUAACGAGACUAAGAUCUGGAAUGCCAAAUCUCCUCCUAAAAACAGCCUUGGUAUAUUUACACCUACCUGGUUCACAUCUGUUUCAUUUCUAAGUAAAGACGACCAUCGAAAAUUUGUUGCUGGCACCAAUAACCAUCAGGUUCGUCUUUAUGACAUAUCUGCUCAGAGGAGGCCUGUUCUCUCUAUAGACUUUCGUGAGACACCAAUUAAAGCACUGGCAGAGGAUAUAGAUGGCAAUACAAUCUAUGUAGGGAAUGGGUCUGGUGACAUGGCUUCUGUUGAUAUUCGUACAGGAAAAAUGCUAGGAUGUUUUACUGGAAAAUGCUCUGGAAGCAUCAGAUCCAUUGUCAGGCACCCCGAGCUACCUGUGGUAGCUUCAUGUGGACUGGAUGGCUAUUUACGACUUUGGGAUACCAAGACAAGACAGCUUCUUUCUUCUGUUUUCCUUAAGCAGCAUAUUCUGCAUGUUCUUUUUGACUCCAAUUUCAUUGUUGAAGAUAUGCCCAAAGGAGCGGAUUCGCUACCAUGCAAGGAACAAACAAUGAAGGGGAUCACAGUUGGGGAAGAAAUUGAAGCAUCACCUUUGAAAAGAAAAAAGUCUUCUAAAGUUAAAGAAAAUGGGAUAGAUGGUAGUGAAAAAAAGGAAGAGCUAAGCAGAACGAAGAACGCAAAAUGUGUAAAGGAAAUGAUGGACCUGAGAAGAUGGAAUCAAGAGAAGAAGGAAGCAAGUCAGCAUCCAAGAAAAGAAAUAAGAGCUCAAAAAAAGAAAUUCCAGAUGAAAAGUAGCAAUUUAGUUGGAUUGAUUACAAUGCUAUAUAUGCGCAAAGGGAUCCAAACUAAUAUUGGGAUGCAGGGUGAUGAAGGCAGUAAAAGAUCUUGCAGGAAUUUGAGUUUUGCAAUUCGAUCAGCUUGGAGGUUGUUUUGUGGGGAAAUGACUAGGCUGGUUAGAUCUGUUCGAUUUUGUGAAAUUUUUAUGCAUAAGUGUAUUUUAAGUUAUCCAGCAUUGAGGUUAGUGUUUAGGCAUGUCUCACGGUUCCUUAGAAAAUGUUCAUUAUUUUGCUUUGCUAAUGUUGGCUCGUGGACAAUCCUUUUGUACUUAGGUUUGAAAAUGAUUUUCAAUUCAUUUUCUUGGUUCAAUCAAAUUUUGUUUCAGAUAAUAUAUCUUACAUUUGAUUAAGAGAUUAUUUUGAUCACACCGAGAGGAUAUUAA